GAAUUGACCGUUUCACCCUUCUCUCCGUCAUGUGUUCAAUACACGCGCUCCAAUCCUUGAUGAAGCCCCCGCUCCUCCUUCGCUUCAUUUCCUCGACUGCUCACUCCAUUCUGCUAAAUCCAAUCCCCAAGCCCCUCUGCUUCCAUUCCUCUCGGAGACUAGCUCGAGCAGUGAUCGCAAUGGCCGGGGCCAACUCUUCCGCCGGCUGUUCGUCGUCAGACCACGUUGCUGGAGCCUGGUACUCGGUGCCGGACCUCCGGCUUCGCGACCAUUACUUCACUGUUCCUCUAGACUAUUCUCUCGAUUGUAGUACUUGCCCUAAGAUCUCUAUUUUCGCUCGGGAGGUCGUUUCUGUUGGGAAAGAAGAGCAACCAUUGCCAUUUCUACUAUACCUACAAGGGGGACCUGGUUUUGAAUCACCACGACCAACAGAAGGCAGUGGGUGGAUAAGUAAAGCAUGUGAAGAAUAUCGUGUUGUGUUGUUGGAUCAGCGAGGAACAGGUUUAUCAACUCCAUUGACAGCAUCAUCGAUGAUGCAAAUGAAGUCUCCAGAGGAUUUGACAAACUACUUAAAACAUUUUCGAGCAGAUAAUAUUGUGAAUGAUGCCGAAUUUAUUCGAGUACACCUUGUUCCUGAUGCUGGACCUUGGACAAUUUUGGGGCAGAGCUUUGGUGGUUUUUGUGCGGUUACCUAUUUGAGUUUUGCACCAAAAGGAUUGAAACAAGUCCUUCUAACCGGGGGAAUUCCUCCAAUUGGAAGUGGCUGCACUGCUGAUACUGUCUAUAGUGUAUGCUUUGAACAGAUCUUUCGUCAGAAUGAAAAGUAUUACAAGAGAUUUCCUCAGGAUAUUGAAAUUGUUCGUGAAGUUGUUACCCACUUGGCAGAGCAUGAAGGAGGCGGGGUGCCUCUUCCAUCUGGGGGCAUAUUAACCCCAAGGGGUCUGCAGCUUCUUGGUCUUUCUUGUUUAGGCUCUAGUACCGGUUUUGAGCGAUUGCACUAUAUGCUUGAGAGGGUCUGGGAUCCUAUAAUCAUCCCAGGAGCACAAAAACAGAUCAGUUACUACUUCUUGACUGCUUAUGAGAGGUCUUUGGAUUUUGAUACAAAUCCACUCUUCGCUCUUCUGCAUGAGUCUAUAUACUGUCAGGGUGCUUCCUCACGCUGGUCUGCGCAUAGAAUCAGGGCUAAAGAUGAGGGGAAGUUUGAUGCAAUGAAGGCAGCAAAAGAAGGUCGUCCUGUGCUGUUCACAGGAGAGAUGAUAUUCCCAUGGAUGUUUGAGGAAAUUCAUGCCUUGAGGCCCUUCAAAGAUGCAGCUAAUCUGUUGGCUGAGAAGGAGGAUUGGCCUCCACUGUAUGACAUUGACUCCUUGAAUAAUAACAAGGUACCUGUUGCUGCUGCAGUUUAUUAUGAAGAUAUGUAUGUUAACUUCAAACUGGUUAUGGAAACAGCUUCUCAGAUAGCAGGCAUUAGAUUGUGGAUAACUAAUGAAUUCAUGCAUUCCGGUCUGCGUGAUGGAGGCAGUCAGGUUUUCGACCAUUUGAUGGGAAUGUUAAGUGGAAAGAAGCCUCUGUUUUGAUCUCCAUUGCAUUUGUUUCUGUUUUUCUGAGCUUUAGCCCACCCCACACAACACAACUUCCCUUCCCUAGUAAUAAGGCAACAGUAAUUCAACUUAUCUUGGGGUUCAGACUUCCAAUUGAGGUUUAUAUAUCAUGAAGAACUUUUUGUUAAAUAAUGCAUCUGUAACUUUAUUCUUUGAUGGGAUCAAUCUGAAAUAUUGAAUUAGAAAUUCUGUACUCUGAA